AUGGCAUCUCCUCCUAAAAAUCCCCUUCCAACCGUUGGUGAUGUCCACAACGAUGCUGCAGCACCUGAACCAGCAGACCUGAAUCUGGCUAUCAUCGUUCAUCCUGUCAACCUUGAAGUUGUGCCAAUCAGUUAUAUUGAGCCCGGAGACGAGCUGAAUCCGAUCGACCCAGACAACUUCGAUUUCGUGGGUCCCACUUCCACUGCCGGAAGAUUUCCAACUCGUCGGUCCAAGCGCAUGAAUCCCUUCCCAUAUCUGAACACUGCUGGGUCACAACGCCGGAAGGGAGGUAACUCUCCCAGAAGAGGAGGAAGAGGUGGAAGAAGAGGUGGCAGAGGUGGCCGUACUCCAGUUAGGCCAAAUCCUCCAAGAGGUCUCCAUUUGGUUGAUGAAGACACAGAUGAUGAAGGAGAUCCUACCUUUGCAGAACCAGAGGCCCAAGCUCUAUCCUCCAGCUCCUCCGAGUCAUCAUCCAACGACUCACCUCUCCCAGCAUCAACUCAGGGGGAGACAUCUCAGCCUAACAUGGCAGCAGCAGCCUCUCAACAUCCUGUUUCUGAAGGUGUUGCUGCACAUGUUCCAGAAGAUGCUGCUGCACCCACUGUCUCAGCAAAUGUCCCUCAGAGUGCUGCUGAGGAUGCUGGUCCCUACCAGGAUGAAGAAAUGCCUAAUUUUUCUGGGAUGUCCUCUGCCAAGCAUGUUGACAUUCCCAAUGUUGAUGCUCAGGAUUUAACUACCACUGAAGAAACACCCUCAGCACCACAUGCAGACCCUCUGGUAACUCUGGCAGAAGCAGCUGUUCAAGUGGAUGCAUCACCUCCUCAGGCUGAAGAACCAGAGAAAAGUGAUGACAGCUGGGAGGUUCCCCUUGCCUCUUUUCGCAAAAAAAUUCCCUCCACAGAGUCAGACAGUGACUCUUCUGAGGAAUCUUUUCAGAAAGAAGAAGAUGCUGCCCCACCUGUUGCAUCACCUGAGCCAGCAUACAUCCCAGAUGAGCUUGAAGACUCAGAAGAUGAGGAAUCCUCAGAGGAAGAAGAACCAGACUUGGAUGGGAAGGAUCUAGGUAGAGAACAAGGAGUUAAUGAAGAAGGAGCAAAGAAUGAGGGUGAAGCUCAAGGAGCAGAGAAAAGCAGUGGAUCCAGUGCUAGUGAUGGAGGAGCAGCAGCUGAUACUGAGGAGACUUUGGAUAUUCUUCUUUAA